AUUUCUGGAAAAUUCUACCUCCAUUUUUGCAAAACGAACAGAAUGCGACGAUUCACGACCGGUUUGUUGCUGGUGGUUGCCUUGACCGUGACCGCUACCGUCGCCUAUCCAGCGAGCUACGAGAAGGAGAAGGAAUCGGACACAUCGGAUGAUGCUGAGUAUAUCGUUGUGCCACUGUCCCACCAUCGUCCGACAUACUACAACCGCUACCCGUCAUCGUUUGAAGGGUUCGAUGGUGUAGUGGACACCGGAGACUUUGCUCCAAUUCCGGCCAGACCCGUGUACUUCCCAUCGUACAAUCCUUUCUCGUGGCAACUUUCGGGAUAUUUGGAUGAUCUGCUAAAACGAGUCCGCGAUCGCUUCGCUGGAUCGUGGAAUCCUUUCUAUGGAGGUGAAUUUGCCCCGUCAGGACCAGGAGUUUGGCCGGUGGAAAUUCCGGACGACUCAUCAGAAGACGGUGUUACCAACUCUACCUCUACAGUGAAGGUCAUCGAUGGACACAAGGUUGUGAUUAAUGAUACGUACUACACCAAGAAGACGGAGUUUGGUACCUCGAUCUUUAAGGUGCGUGUCAUUGACGUGAAGCCGGACGUUGAUAGCGAGGAGGUGACGUCUCCCAAAGCUCCAACCGACGUCGAGGUCGGCAAUCGCAAUAGUGAUGAUGAUGAGGCGGCUAAGGAACCGGCCGCACCGGCGACCGAUGCACCCAAGCGUGACACUGAGCUAGAAUCGAGCGAUGAAGAGAAGACAACGGCUGACGAUGACAAUCUGAACACGAUCGAUACGUCCAAUGUGGACAUUGACGAGGAGAAGGUGAACAAUGGAAAGGAAGCGCCCGAAGAGAAGCCGGAGUCCUCAGAACAGUGGUCAUUGCUGGAAUCUUUUGAAGCGGCAUCACGUCCAUUGGAUGACUUAGUGGAAGGAUCACCUGAAAACACUCUUCAACGCAACCCAGGCAACAGUGAACUGCUCGAAACGAGCUCUGAAGAGGAAGUUGAAGCCAGCGUCAACGCGCCACGACAACCAGUGUCAAACGAAUGGCCCAAACAGGACGAUCGUCAACGGGUUAUCGUCUCAAACCGGUUCGACAAUCGAUUUAACGCCAACCAGGAAAGACCAGUCGGUGAUGCACCUUCGGAGACUGUUCACGAUCUCACGAACGAUAUUGCCAUCAACUUCCGGCUGGCCGCAGAUAAAAGCGUUACUGCAAACCCAAAUGCAAUCACAUUCAAUCCAAUGAAUCCACCGUCGGUUAUCGUGCAGCGAGAUCCCUUCCCAGGAGUUGCUCCGGGAAGAUUCCCACCACUAGCCGGUCGUCCAACGAUGGGCUUCCCGACACCCCAACAACCGGUAGGUGGUGUAGGCUUCCCAGCUGGAGGAUCAUUUCCAGGCUUUCCCGGACAGGGAGCAUUCCCCGGUGGUCAGUAUCCGUUGCAACCUUUCCCAAUGCAGCAACCUCCGCUGUUUGGGGUUCCAACCGGUACAAACUUUGGUCUAGCAGGUCAGAAUCCUUUCUUCUUCGGUAAUGCCCAGUUCCGGCGUCCGUAGGUGG